CCUCACUCCAAGAUCAGUAAAGGAAGGAGCCGGAUGCCUGAAAUGAAUCUUCCUACCUCCUUGUCACCCUCCCUCAUCCUCUGGCAUACAUACCGCCCUCUCCUCGGUAAGGUCAGGCGGACACGCUCCCUCGCGUCGCUAUCACCAUGAGCAACUCUUCGCCAGUGGCAGAGGUCCCUCCCGACCUCUCCGACCUAUCCACGUCUGCAGGAACCUUUCGCUUUACAGAGGGGAACGAUGCCGAGCUCAAAGCAUGGUUGGCGGCAGAUGUCAAGACAAAGGCUGCGGGUAUUACUUCCGCCACUACUUCACAUGGUUCUGCUGAUCCCACCAAGACCAUGAGCAGCGGUACGAGCACUGAGGUCGGCCUCGUCAACGAUGCGCAUAUGAUGCCGGUACCCGCAUCGCAGCCUAUCACCCUCGCCAAAGACGGGAGCGAUGUACUGUCCACCUCUGACGAAAAGGCGGCCGCCCACAUGUCUCUCUCCUACAACGAGGAUAAAGUUGAGGCAGACGUCAUCGACCGUGGUCUUAGUCAGAUGAUCUACCUACCAGGCCAAGAUUUGCAGAUGAAGGUCACCUUCGUCCAGAGGAAGACGGCCAUCUUUGUGCUCUACAUCAUCGGGUCCAUCUUGACUGCCGGAAUCCUUGCACUCGUUGCUGGAUAUUGGGCACCCCAGCUAUACAGAAAGUGGUGCUACAAGGCAGUUCCUGCACCAACGGAAGAGGAGCUGAAGCAGGGCAAGAAGAUCCGCUGCUCCGUGAAGAUUCCAAAGGAGAAGUCGACUAUCCUGACCAUGGACCGGCUUGCCUUCAGCCAGCCAGUCGCAAGCAGCAAGAUCUUCCCUGCUCACCUCAGAGUGCCUGCCACAUCUCACACAGCUACGGAAAGGCCUCUGCUCUCCGAGUCAGGUGCUCAGGGCAGCCUCACCUCCGUCUGCGUCCUAGACUAUCGACACACGCCACUGCUCUACUAUGCUGCCACCCGACAGCUCGUCUCCCUCGCAGACUGGCUCGACAGCGAUUUGUCAACGGCAGCCCCUGCGCCUCUGACGUCGAGCGAGCUCGAUUGGAGGCAUAAAUUUUUCGGCGACAAUAUCAUCAACGUCAAGGGUCCGUCUGUGUUCACUCUGACCCUCAGAGAAGCUCUCAAUCCCUUCUACAUCUUUACCUUUGCAGCCUGUGGGCUCUGGGGUUACGACGAUUACAUGGUCUACGCAAUCGUCAUCGGAGUCAUUUCCAUCCUGGGUAUUGCGGGUACAGUUUGGCAGGCAAAGGCUUCUGAGAUUCGACUUCGCAAGAUCUCACGCUACGAGCUAGACGUACCCGUUCUGCGUUGCACUGAUGCCUCUUCUGAGCCUCAAUGGCAAACCAGGUCCUCCAAAGAUCUCGUCCCUGGCGACAUCAUCGGCGUUCAGGGCUUUGCCAGUAAGGCUCUUCCGGCCGACAUGAUCCUCCUCGAGGGCAGCUGUAUCGCGAAUGAAUCUAUGCUGACUGGAGAGUCAGUCCCUAGCGGCAAAGUGCCCGUGGAAGCGAAUGCUCUGCGACAAUUUGCGCAAGGGCAGAGGAGCCUCAAGGCCAUGGAGAAGAACAUUUUGUGGGGUGGGACUAAUCUCCUUAGGGCCCAGGCUGACAUCUCAAGCGGGGAGGUCAAGGCAAUGUGUCUUUCCACUGGAUGGGCGUCCAGCAAGGGUUCCCUCGUCAAGAUGAUGCUUUUUCCCAAGCCCAUCGACUUCAAGUUCUACAGUGAUGCUUUCAAAUUCUUGGCAAUUCUCGCCACCAUUGCCGCACUUGGCUUCAUUGGAUCCUGCAUCAAUUUCGUCAUCACAGGCAUCGAUGGUGGUGAAAUUGCUUUGAGGCUCAUCGAUCUCGUCACAAUUGCCUUGCCACCAGCUCUCCCUGCCAUUCUUGCCAUCUGCACGAACUUCGCUGUCAACCGUCUGAAGCGCAAGUCUAUCUUCUGCAUUUCACCGCAGAGGAUUACCGUUGCCGGCAAAGUGUCCAUUGUCGUUUCGGACAAGACUGGUACAUUGACAGAGACUGGUCUGGACGUGCAGGGUGUGCGCUGCCCCUCUGCAGCCUAUGAUGGCCGGAUGGCGCCGCUUUGCGAGCGUGCCGAUGUCUCCAAAGCGUCUGACGGCGGAAUCACCAUCGAAGGAGCCAUGUCUGUUACCCACGACGUGAACCUACUCGAAGGAGAAGCUAUCGGUGACCCACUCGAGGUCAGCAUGCUCGCAUGGACGGGAGCUACGCUAGAACCGGAGACUCGCAAGCUGGAAGGCUUGUCGGGUGGCUUUGAGAAUUCCAGGGUUCAAUGUGUCCGAUCGCCACGGGGUGACUGCAGCACUGCCAUCCUGCGCAAAUUCGACUUCUCUGCACCCCUACGACGGAUGUCGGUCAUAGUGCAAGCACCUGGAACUGCAAAGACGACAGUCUACGUCAAGGGAGCGCCGGAGUCGAUCAUACCUCUGUGUGAUCCUGCAACGGUGCCCGACGACUAUGACCUGGUCCUCAAUGAUGCUACCCGGAAAGGUCUGCGAGUGCUAGCAUUCGGCUACAAGAACGUCUCUCUCAGCUACGAAGGUACCCGCAAUGCUACGCGAGACUUUGCCGAAUGUCAUUUGCGAUUCCUUGGCCUCCUCUUCUUCGAGAACAAGCUCAAAGUCACCACCUCUGCUGUACUGGCAGAGCUGCACGAGGCCGGAAUCCCUUCGAAGAUGUGCACGGGUGACUCUGUUCUGACUGCCAUCUCCGUUGCCAGGUCUUGCGGCAUGAUCCCUUCAGGCCAGCCAGUCUUUGUGCCUCGACUGCCAGACCCCAUGAAGGCAGAGAAGAGUAUGGGCGGCAUGUCAUCUCCAGCCGAGCUGAAGUGGACCGAUGUCGACCUGCCUGUGGGCAGCGAAGAGAGCAACAGCUCGACCCUCGACCCCUUGACGCUGUCGCCGAUCGACACCACGCUCAGUUUGUCGCAGGUCGGUCUGGCCAUCACGGGAGACGUGUUCACCUGGCUCUUGGCCAAUGCUUCACCAGAGACUCUCGCUCGUCUCCUCGUCCAGGCUUCAGUCUUUGCCAGGUUCUCUCCGGAAGCCAAGGCGGAGCUGGUGGGCCGACUGCAGGCGAUCGGUCACUGUGUCCUCUACUGUGGUGAUGGAUCCAACGAUUGCGGUGCCCUUCAGAUGGCCGAUGUAGGUAUUUCCCUCUCUGAGGCAGAAGCCUCUGUAGCCGCACCCUUCACAUCGGGCAACGUCGACAUUGUCUGCGUAGUCGAUCUGAUCAAAGAGGGCCGCAAUUGUCUCGCCGUCUCCUCUUCUCUCUUCCUCUACGUUGCAAGCUACGCUCUGCUGGAGUACUUUGGAGUCAUUCUCCUGUACGGAGCCAUCACCUCCUUCGAUAAUGCUUCGUACCUCUACCAGGACAUCUUCCUCCUCUUUGCCGUCGCUAUUGGAGCAGCGUACAGCAAGCCUGCCUUGCGUCUCGCCAAGUCCCGACCGGUGUCGAGGUUGAUGUCUCGACAGAUCAUCCUCUCUUUUGCCGGUGCUGCCAUCCUCCUCAUGCUAGCCGAAUUGGUCCCUUAUCUCAUUUUGCAUCCGCAGUCCUUUUACGUCAGUCCAGACGUCAACGACGACGAUCUUGAGCUCGACUCGCAAGACUCGACGACAGUGGCCAAGACAUGCUUCUUUGGGUACACCACUCUUGCGCUCAUCUGGAACCUGGGUCCACCGCAUCGUGAGCCUCUCUACAAGAAUUGGAUCCUCUGCUUGGCCAUCGUAUCGCUCUCGGCGAUCAAUCUAGCCAUCCUGUGGGGUGAUGGAGAGGGAGAUGGACUGCAAGCCGUCUUUGGCUUCCUCUCCCUGCCCGUUGGGUUCCGAGCAGUCAUCUUUGCCGUCGCAGUAGUCCAGUUUUUCCUCACUGCCGCCUGGGAAUUCCUUGUCAUCCCUCGAUUCAGUCGAGCACUCGAUGGACCUCUCUUGGCUCUGCGUAGAGCGAAGAGACGACGUGCGCACAGCAAGUUGGUCAAGCGACAGAGGAAAGAGGCAUUGAAGUCGUCGAAGAGGCCAGAGGACUUUGUUGCGCCGGUAUUGGACGACGAUAUGUCAACGGAGAAGACGUACCGGAGAGUGGAGCGGGCAUUGAAGUAUGAAGAGGAGCAGAGGACAGAAAAGAGGUGGUGAGGAGUGGGUUGGUAAUGGGAUCGCCAAGGGUCAUCCGGAUCACUCCAUUGCUCAUUCUUGUUCACCACUGCCCUGCUAGAGGCUUGUCGUGGAUGUUCACGCUGUACGUUCGUUUUGCCUGUCUGUAAUAUACAAAAGUGUCAUUGUUCAA